AUGUCCCAUCACCGGGCGAAGCGGUCGUCCGACAGCGCACGCGCCCCGUCCGCGCCGGCGUUCCCCACGAACAAGGAAGCCCCCGACCUGCCCUCCAAGACCCGCAUCUUCUGCGAUAUCCUGGCCUCCCGCGCCGACGACGACGUGGACGCCGCGCUCGACAAGGCCGACAUCCGCGGCGUAACCACCGCUGACGUCGAGCAGGUGCUCCGCUUAUCCUACGCGCACCCGUGCGCCGCCACCGCCUUCUUUCACUGGGCGGGGAACCGGCACCUCGGCCACGAGCACCACUCCCCCUACUCGUGGAACCUCGUCGUCGACAUCCUCGGUACAAACUGCCUCUUCGCGCGCAUGUGGGACACCGUCGAAUCCAUGCACUCGCGGCGGCUGCUCUCGCUCGAUACUUUCGCCUCCGUAUUCUCCUCCCUGGCGGCGAGCCCCGGCUGUUCCUCGCUCGAGGCGUUCAUGGACAUGCCGCGCUACGGCAUGACCCAAGACACGCAGGCGCUCAACUCGCUCCUCUCCGCGCUCUGUCGUGCCGACCGCCUCUACGACGCCCGCGCCGAGGCCGGCACGCGCCCGGAUGCCGACUCCUACGCCAUCCUCCUCGAGGGCUGCGAGGCUGCCGCCGACCGGCGGGCUGCGCGCGAUGUGUUCGACGAAAUGGUGCGCGACAUCGGUUUUGAUCCUGACAACGUGCCUGCCUAUGACGCCUUCCUCACUACGCUUGUUUCAAGCGACUCCUCCACGGCGCUACCGGAAGCAAUGUACUAUCUAGAUUUCUUAAACAGGCACGGCUGUUCGCCGGGAGCAGGAGAGAGGUUCUUCCAUGCUGCUCUCGGCGCACACCUUGAGGCAGGAGAAUUGCACGGUGCUACUUGUCUCUGGGCUAGGUUUGUUGGGCGUGGAGGACUCGUGCCAGACGUGGAAAUGUACAACACAAUGAUCAUGCUGCAGGGCACUCUUGGGCAUGCUGAGGUGAUAGUGGAUUAUCUCGACGACAUGAUCUUCAAUGGAGUGUUCCCUGGUACCUACACAUACAAUGUGGUCCUCCAGCUUUUGCUGGAAGGAAGGGAGCUCCAUAAGGCAGCGGCAAUAUUUAGCGAGAUGACUGGGAUCAAAGUCUGGAGCUGCGUGGUGGAGAAUGGCUUGCCACCUUUAGAGGAGUGUGGGAACAUGCUUGUGUCAAAGCUGAAGGAUGUCAGGCUACCUGAGGCAUGCAAGUAUGCAGAAGACAUGGUUGAUCGGGGUAUCAAGUUGAGUUUAUCGACACUGUCCAAGCUGAAGCGGUGCCUGCAGAAGAUUAAGAAAGGAGACAUCUAUGAUCACCUACUUAGAAAAUGGAAGGCACAUUAG